CCCUAUUGCACCACACAAGAUGUAACUUUAAAUAUUUUUCAGGGGUUAGUCAAGAACAGAAUUAGAUCCAAUCAACUUACAAUGUGUUUUGAACAAGUGUUCUCUGAUUAGAACAGCCCUGCAAAGUAGUGAGUUCACAGAAUUCUCAAUGGCUUUAAACAGUCAGAAUGAAACUGGAACAUAUGCCUGUUCAUUCCUGCGAAACAUGGGUGGUUUCCUUUUGAUGCAAGCUUUAGUUUUUAAAACCCAUGAUACAUUAAUACAAUCAGAGAGUAAAUGGACCAUUACUGGCUGCAUAAAGUGCUGGGGGAUUGCUAUUCUUUUCCCUCUGAUGUUCUCGUGGCAUCAUACAAAUAGGUUAGAGGUGCUUUGCCUUGGAAACCUUGACGAUUUCAACUGCUAUAUGAUUCUUGAUUCUUCCGACAGGUACAUGGGUCUGAUACUCCUCUGAGAAAAUGUUCAGAAUCCUGCCAAUCCUGAUACUGGAAGUGCAGCUGUACUUGAUAAGAGCUUUUUUCACAGUUGAAGUUCCUCAACUACAGUACAUUGCAGAAUAUGGAAGCAACGUGACCAUGGAAUGCAGGUUUCCAGUGGAUGGCCAGUUAAAUCUUAAAGACUUAAGUGUCAGUUGGGAGCAAAAAGGGUUAAAAGAGCAAAAACCAAAAGAAGUUUACACUCUUCAAAAGGGGGAGGAAGAUCUUAAAUCCCAGCACAGAGACUAUAGGGGAAGAGCAACACUGUUACGUGACAAAUUGAAUUUGGGAUAUUCAGUGCUUCAAAUUACCAGCAUAAAGCUGAUGGACGCAGGGUCUUACCUCUGUCUCAUUGAUUACAGAGGAGCUGAUUACAAGUACAUUACUUUGGAAGUAAAAGCAUCUUACAUGAGAAUAAAUGUCCAAAUAAUGAGUGAACCUGCAGAAGAGAAGUUGGUUUUAACUUGCCAGUCAGAAGGGUUUCCUCUAGCUGAAGUGUUCUGGCAAAAUGAGAAGAAUCUUAAAGUCAACGUAUCUGUAAAUACCACCUACACAUUGACCACAGAUGGACUAUACAAUGUAACUAGUAUGCUGACAUUCAAGCCAAAUGCUAGUGGAAACUACAGCUGCACAUUCUGGACUAAAGAACUUAAUGAAGAAACUUCUUACAUUUUCACUUUAGCUCAACAAACAUCAGUUGUUGGAAAAAAAUCUCUGAAUUUAUUUAUCAUCCCAACCUGUGUAAUAGCAGUUGUUAUCAUAUCCGCAUUAAUUAUCUUUCUAAAGAGAAAAUCAUUCACAAAGCUCCAUGCCAAAAAAGACAAAAAAAGAAAAUGUCCCCAGUUACAGAAAGAAGACAACAGACACUUGAACCCUGAAAUCCAAGACUUAAUCAUGACAAAUGUCACAGAUUCAAGAAACUUCACAGAUGUGUGUACUUGAAAACUCUUCAUCUGCCACACUUGCAGUUUGCACUUUUCAGAUCCCUUUUUGAAGACUGCAUAGGGAAAUCACAGCACUUUAUGUCUGGAACAAACAAUGCAAAUUUUUCAUUUUGUCUGUACUAUACCACUUAAAAGCUCCCUGUGCCUUUUGCCAUCUUGUAUCUUAGAGUUACAGAGAACCAUACUGUUAUUAAAUUUGGUUAACAACUAUUAAGGGAUUAUUGGAGUGUAUACUAUACAUUGUAUGUUUGGGCAUAUUUUUUCACCUGACAGCGCUGUGUGCACCAAAUAUUUUGUGUUCAAGAAUCCCCUUACUAGCUGAUUUAAUUUCAGGAGUAGAGUCAGGAUACAAAGUCAGUCACAUCUCAUGGGACUCUGAGUAGAGGCUGUACGUGCUAUCAGAUGCCUGGACAAUAAUCUUUUGUAUUAAGAAAUUUCUACAUAUCUGUUUUACAUGGGCCAAACUUUACAACCCAUAAACUGGAAAUUACCUAAAGCACCAACAGCAAGGAGAUAGAUUGAAGAAGUUUAAUUUUACAACGCUAACAAGAGCCUGAAGUACACAUCAAGCAACA